AUGCCAACACUUCCCACCCUCACCCUCAUCCUCACCUACACGGUAUCCAGCUACCUAGCCCUCCGAUGCCUCCAACCACCUGCACCCGAACCCGAACCUUCCGAUAACGAUAAGUCCAAAGACCGCGUCGCCACCGUCAUCGACCCCCUCUUCCUCCUCCUGAAGCUCAUCAUCCCACUGAGCUUCCUCUACCUAGCGCUGCUAGCCCUCCUGCACGACGACCCGCCAUCCUCGCCGUGGAUGACCGCCGUCUGCCCAUCCCCAACCAACGCACCCACCGAACCCCUCACCUGGACGCCGUCCACAGCCACAAGCCUGCUCCUGUUCUACAUCGGCGCAUGGACACGACUGGCCGCCUAUCGCGCCCUGGGCGUGGACUUCACUUUCCACCUCGCCAAGCCGACCGAGGGACUGGUGACCGACGGGGUGUACCGGUACGUCCAGCAUCCCAGCUACACGGGCGGGUUGCUCAUGGUCGUGGGGUACGUGCGGCUGGCGAUGGAGGAGUUCGUCCCGACGCUGGCGGCCUGCUGUCUCGUGUUUCAUGCCUGGGGCCGGGUGGGGCUGCUGCUGCUGGCGACGGGGGUCUUUCUGGGGAUCACCUAUUUCAGGGUCCAGGAUGAGGAGAGGAUGCUGAAACGGGACUUUGGGGUCGAGUGGGAGCGGUGGCAUCGUCGAACUGCUCGCUUGAUCCCGUUUGUGUGGUGA